CUCCACUGGAAUAGCGCAACAAUGUAAUGCCAAGCUAUCUAAAGUAGUCAACAAUGUGGUUGCAAGUAAUUCCUUAAAAUGUAACAUUUCUCAACCAAGUGAAGAUGAUGUCUUCUAAGCCAAUCAAUGCCUACCUAUUAAGUGAUAGAUUGAGAAUGAUGGAGAGUCAAUCACCGAACUUGUCUUUUAAAAGUUUGGCAUGUAUUGUGUCAUUUUGGCUGGGAUUUGUCCUCUUUCUUGUGGCUUUCAGCUCGUCCGAAUGGUUCGGAAUAGAAAAUGGUAUAACAGUUAGUUUGUGGCAGAAAUGUUCUCAGAAUUUUAAGACUAGUAUCUGGUCUUGUGAAUACUGGGAGGACAAACUACCGGAUUUCAUACGAGCUGGACAAGGUUUUUGUAUUGUUGGUUUAUUGACCUAUGUGAUAGCUGCAGUUAUUAUCAUAUCUUACAUAUUUAUCCGACAAUUACAAGAAACAAGGGCUUUAAUUAUAGCUUUGUGUCUGCUCAUAUUUUCAGCAGGAUGUAUGACGAUCAUGGCCAGCAUAGUAGUUGGUGUAAAAGGUGGAGAUUUCUGUUACGAUAUUAAACGAGAUCGAAGGAAAUUGUUUGACUAUUUCAUCGCUGGUGUUGAUGCUUCGGGAAAAUUUUCUGUCGGUUGGUCCUUUAUCGUCGCCAUCUUGUCCGCCAUUACAACGUUAGUUAGUUUUACGUUUUGUAUGUUGGAAUUCUUCCGAGUAAAUGCCAUGACAUUAUCAGAACCUUUGAAUCACCACAUUAGUAUUUUCUAA